AUGGAGUCCAUCAAAGAAUCACUGUCUGCACUCACUGAUUUGUUCAAUACCAGGAUGAAUGAUUUUCAGCAAGACCUAAAUAAGAGUUCAACACCUGUUACAAAUCAUGCUUUGCCUGCUGAAUUCAGUAGCUUCAGAAGUUUUAUUCUUUCGGUGUUGAACACGUUGCAGCGGCAGGUCGAAUGUCUAGCGUUGGAGAUUGAUCGCCAAGAAAUGAGAAGGCGUCACAAAAUGAUCCUUUUUCUUGGGGUACCAGAAAAAAGUGCUGAAGACACUACUGCAAGAGUCACAAGCUUAGUCGCCGAACAUCUUGAUUUGACUAAUUUCUCCUCGGCAAGCAUCAAAGACUCUUAUCGUUUAGGUCGUUCCUCCGACAAACCUAGACCGAUAGUCGUGAAAUUCUCUGAUGUUGCGGUGCGUAACAAAGUGUGGUAUAGCAAAACUAAACUCAAAGGCACUGGUAUAACACAGUCGGAGUUCCUCACAAAGAGCAGGCAUAACACAUUUUUGGAGGCGCGGCAACGUUUCGGUAUUGGUAAGUGCUGGACACGCGAUGGAUACAUUCAUGUUAUUGCUCCUGAUGGAUCUCGACAUCGAGUAGAAUGCAAAGGGGAUCUUAACUUGAUUCCCCUCGCUUCUAAAUCACCUCCGCAAACCACGGCCGCUUCUAAGCAUACGACGGACAAAGUGACAGUUUCACGAAUAAAACGCACUGUAAAAAAA